ACUGAGCGGAGGGGGAGGUGGCUGGCCGCUUCUCCCGCGUCCGCCAUUUUGUUGCUGUGGCUCUUGGGAGCGGGCUGGGCGAAGCGCACCCGGCGGCGCGGCGCUCCCGGGGGUCCGGUGCUUGGCUUGGCCGCGAGGCUCGGUGCGGAGCGGCGGGGGCGCGGGGCCGGCGCGCGCCUGGCCAGGAGUGACCGUAGAGUCCCGGGUGGCCUCUGCCGCUCUUGGCUUCGCCGCCGCGACCCGGCUGGGCCCGCACCCCCGAGCCGGCUCGGUCCGUGAGGCGGCCCCGGAGCAGGCGGGCGGUGCAGAGGAUGCUGCGGGCCCGCGGCCGCGAGGAAAGUGCCGGCUCGGCCCAGUAGGCGCGCGGUGAGCCAGAGGCCCGGCCCGGCCCGCAGACAAUUCGGGCGGAGCGUCCAGCGCAGGCAGAGCAGCCCCGGCCCGCCCGGCCCAGCGCCCGGCCCGCCAUGUCCUCCGCCAGGUUCGACUCCUCGGACCGCUCGGCCUGGUACAUGGGGCCCGUGUCUCGCCAGGAGGCGCAGACCCGGCUCCAGGGCCAGCGCCACGGCGUGUUCCUGGUCCGCGAUUCGUCCACCUGCCCCGGGGACUACGUACUGUCCGUGUCCGAGAACUCGCGGGUGUCUCACUACAUCAUCAACUCGCUGCCCAACCGCCGCUUCAAGAUCGGGGACCAGGAGUUCGACCACCUGCCGGCCCUGCUGGAGUUCUACAAGAUCCACUACCUGGACACCACCACGCUCAUCGAGCCGGCGCCCAGGUAUCCGAGCCCACCAAUGGGAUCUGUAUCAGCACCCAGCCUGCCUACAGCAGAAGAAAAUCUGGAAUAUGUACGAACUCUCUAUGAUUUUCCUGGAAAUGAUGCCGAAGACCUGCCCUUUAAAAAGGGUGAGAUCCUGGUGAUAAUAGAGAAGCCAGAAGAACAGUGGUGGAGUGCCCGGAACAAGGAUGGCCGGGUGGGGAUGAUUCCCGUCCCUUAUGUGGAAAAGCUUGUGAGGUCCUCGCCACAUGGAAAGCAUGGGAAUAGGAAUUCCAACAGUUACGGGAUCCCGGAACCUGCUCACGCGUAUGCUCAGCCUCAGACCACGGCUCCUCUGCCUGCAGUUUCCAGCACUCCUGGGGCAGCGGUCAGCCCUUUGCCAUCCACACAGAAUGGACCUGUCUUUGCAAAAGCAAUUCAGAAAAGAGUGCCCUGUGCUUAUGACAAGACCGCCCUGGCAUUAGAGGUGGGUGACAUCGUGAAAGUCACAAGGAUGAACAUAAACGGCCAGUGGGAAGGCGAGGUGAACGGGCGCAAAGGGCUGUUCCCCUUCACGCACGUCAAAAUCAUCGACCCUCAGAACCCGGAUGAAAAUGAGUGAUGCUGCUGCCCUGUGCCUGCUGCUUCAUCGUCCUGCCCCACACGCCUCCUUCAAGCGGGGAAGCGUCCUCUCGGGCAGGUCACACGCGCUGCCAACGUCCAGCUUCUGCAGCGGGCAGCCUCCCACACAUUGGAAUGCUCACAGUGGCUGCCCCGGCAUUUGUAUCAUAGUCGUGUUGUCAAAGAGUAGCUGAUUUUAGAGUUCUUUGGAUCAUAAACUGGAAACACUGGUAGAGGCACACAGGUGAGAGGAGGUGCCGAGGACAGGGCUCCCUUCCGGCCAGCACCCCGCCUGUCCCUGGGCUGACCCAGGGUCCCGGGGGAGCUCGGGCCCACAACGAGGCCUUGCCGCUGGGAGCCAUGGGUGGUGCCGUCGCCGGCGUGGUUUUCCGUGAAGAGCAGUGGAAGUGGACCCUUCAGAAGAGGGAAUUCUGCCCUAAACUUCCCACGUCAGGCUUUGCUUUUUUUUUUUCCCCCUCUCGUUUGGUUUGGUUUGGUUUUAGAAGACUUAAUUAAUUAGACUUGUGUGUUCUGAACAGGUUUUUAAGUAGCAGGUUAGCUUUUGUGAUGAGACGAGGGAUGGCACGUGCCUCUGAAGCUGCUGUCACCGCAGGAGCACAAGAAAAAGAGCCCUGAGGCAGAGGCCUGUACUGUCUUGGUUGCCAGUGGUACCUUGUGUUGCCAGAUAGCAAACAACCACCACCACCACCACCCAGCAGUUGUGGGCUUCCAAGCUGCGUGCACAGCCUCUUGGACGACGUUGUCCCCGCAGGCAUCAGAGCCAGGGGCGGGAGGGUGAUGUGAUUCACCUUGUUUGCUGGCUUCCUGUCCAGGCUUUCAGUGAAUGCACCCCUUGAAAGUAUAGGACCCAAGUUUCCUUAAAAAAGUCGUUGAAUUCACUAAGAAAUCUUUAAAUUCCACUCACUGAGGCCCAGUUCUCCCUGCCCCAGCAAGCUCCCCAGGCUGCCCAAGAGAGAUGGUGCUGCUAAUGCUGGUUCCAUGGUUCUUGUGUCCACACUGCUCUCCAGCAAGAAAGUGUAGGCUCUGGGCCUUGGUUGAUGCAUUUGAUGUCUAAUGAAAUGCAUCGUUAACCAUUACUGAUUUGAUGUUAAGGUUUCCCUGUUGGCUAAAAGAGGCCUGUUCAUACAAGUCAGCUGGUACCAGCGUGUGACCGAUCCCACGUCUAUAGCACACGGCCGACUAGAUUUCUGGAACCUUUUGUGUAGUUCAGUGUGCCUGCCCUUCUGGACCCUGCUGAAGACAGGCCUCAGCUGAGAAUGCGUCCAGCAGCCCUGGGGGUGUGGUCUCAGCCUGAUAAGUAACUGUCCUCCCUGAGCAUCUGCUGUAGCCUUGGCCCUGGCUCGCAGGGGUCUUGGGUUUUGAGGUUUCGAGCAGUUAUUCUGGUCAGAACCAGCAAGGCCACCAUGUUUCAAUUUCUCUUUAAUCAAAUGUUCCAUCAGGUAGGUAACCAUCAUAUUAAAAGACUCUUGAGGGUGCUCACAUAGCCCUGUCUCUCUAUGGUUUUCUUGGAAAAGGCUUCUUUGUGGGCUCUUCCUGAUCAGUGAGAGCUGUGACCACCUUGCUCCCAAGGUGCCUGUGUUGCAGUCACCUCUUGUUCUGGGUCCAGGCCCAGCCUAGCCACACGGCAAGUGGCACGUGUGUGGCUGGGCCCCUGCCCUCUACCUGGGGAUGAUGCCUGCCCUGUGGCCUGUAACCCAGUACCCGAGGGGGUCUCUCACAGAAGGGGGGGACGUGUGCCUUGUCCAAAGAGCACACACCCUAAGGCCUUGUUAAACCACAUUUAGCCGAGAGGCUGGGCACCUUUGGAUGGCAGUAGUUGGCUCAAGUAUAAGAAGUAUAUGGCCUUUUGGAAAGCAAGGUUUCCUUCCAGCCGUGUUUGCUGACCAGUAAACAGCGCGACCCACCUCAUGGGGAUCACUUCAGAAUCAGAACACCCUGCAAACCUAGGUUUACUUCAGAAGGCAUCUGUUCAGUCGGUCAGCCCAGGUGCAUGUCUCCAGGGCCGCCCCAGAGAUUCGGAGCCCCAAAUAAGGUGAACCUUGAGCUCUGAACUGGAGAUGUGUGCCGAAAGUAGUACCUUUUUGAAUUAGAACCUUAUUAGUUUUUUAAUCAGCCAGGGUAAUUCUUUUUUUUCACACUAAAUAUACAAGAAACAGCCCACUGCCUUGGCUUUGGGCCUGGGCUCCCCAGGGGUCUGGGAAGACUCUGCUUCAGAAAGCGACUCAAAUCUUCCAGAGGCAUGGGCUUCCCUCCUGGGCAGGCUUCCUCUUAGGACUGUCCAUUAUUGCUACUUGCUCUGCUCUACUGUGUGUCACUUAAGAAAAUGUGUGGAUGUUAAAGUAGCUCACUGGGGAAGAGAACAAAUUAUGUGCUAAAGGAAUUGACAGUUUGAUUAAAAAUUUACUUAUCCUGGAAAAUGAGUUGUCCCUGUCACCUCUGCCCGCUGUUGCUGCCCGGGGACACAGCUAAUGAAGAGGAGGACAUGUGGACGGACUGCCCUUCGACGACUGUCACCCAGAUAGGACCCCUUCUGUGCUCACGGUCAGGAACCUGAGGAGAGAGGGCCAGCUGCUCCCUCCUGAGCCUGAGCAUCUGGCCUGUGCUGACUCCCUUCUCCAGCUGUUUACACACAAGGCGGGCCGGGACCGGCGGCCACUGCUCUUGUAAAGUUUGCUCAGAGGAAUAUGAACAUUUUAUUUUUGAAAAGGGAUGGUGUUUUUGUGCCAGGUGUUUAUAAUUUAAUCCUUUAAUAAUAUUAUGUUCAUUAACCUCUUAAAAUGAGUGAAUCCUGAUUGUUUUCACACCGAACCGGAGACACCACCGAGCUCGCCCUCAGCCUCCACCCUCUGGGACCGGAGGCCUGUGUCCCUGUGGCUGCAGCCAGUGGCCCCGAGCUGGGCGUGUGCUCUCACGGAGUGGAAGGACAGUCCUCUGAGACAGGGUCGUGGUCUCUGCAGGAGGAACAGUGGCCUUGCUUCUUGACGGUCUUCACUGUGUGUUUUAAAAUGACAACAACACAACACAAAACUCUUCUGACCUGUAACUUAAAGAUCAUAAACUUCAGGCAAUAAUAUUUUAUGUGUAAGCUUUUAAAAUUAUUUUUGGGGAUCAUAGCUUGUUUUAUUUUGUGCUAUAAAAUUAACAGUAUUAAAUGACUUAUAUUCUUAGAAUACAUGGAGUGUCUUUUCUUAACAGAUCAGUGCCUUUUUAUUUUUGUAUUCCAUUUUACGUUACUGGUCCCGGCAUCAGACCCUUGUUUCCAUGGCCUGUUUGUACAUUGUCUCAAUAAAACUUGCAUCAGCCGGCGGUGGCAGCGGC